CAAUACGAAUUGAUUAAUCUUUCAUGACAGGUUGGCAUCAACAUCGUGGUGCCUGCCUGCUGUAGCUAGGAUAUGUCAGCAUCAGUGAUUAGCUAGGUAACGUUAGGCCCUGUAACGUACCAGUUAAAAGCAAUACCGUGGGUCGAUAUAUUUGAUUUCAAAGGAUUGCAGUGUGAGGAGGACACAGACAGACAAACACACCCACUCUCUGAGCCGUAAAGAGGCAGCCAUACCUCAGCUCUCAAGCACAAUGCCCAUCUGACACACAACUAAGUGCACACACUGAGGAUGAGUAGUGCUGUGCUGCACUGACAGACAGAUGGUGUGGGAAUGAUGGACCUCCCCAAUGGCCAAUCAAGCGUCACCACUGCUGCUGCCACUGCCUCGGAGAAGAGCAGCAGCUCAGAGUCUCUCAGUGAGAAGGGUUCUGAGCUGAAGAAGAGUUUUGAUGCUGUCGUCUUCGAUGUCCUGAAGGUUACCCCUGAGGAGUAUGCAGGUCAGAUCACUCUCAUGGAUGCUCCGGUCUUCAAAGCCAUUCAGCCUGAGGAGCUGUCAAGUUGUGGCUGGAACAAGAAGGAGAAGCACAGCUCUGCCCCUAAUGCUGUGGCCUUCACCCGCAGGUUCAACCAGACAACUUUCUGGGUGGUGAGGGAGAUCCUUCAUGCUCAGACCCUGAAGAUCAGAGCUGAGGUACUCAGUCUGUACAUCCGAACUGCCAAGAAACUGUGUGACAUAAACAAUCUGCAUGCCGUGAUGGCUGUGGUGUCGGGCCUACAAAGCGCUCCCAUCUAUAGACUCUCCAAGACGUGGGCGUUGUUGAGUCGGAAGGACAAAGCAACGUUUGAGAGGUUGGAGUACCUCAUGGCCAAAGAAGACAACUACAAGCGUCUGAGAGACUACAUACGCAGCCAGAGCAUGAACUCCUGCAUACCAUACCUGGGUAUGUAUCUCUCUGACCUGACGUAUAUAGACUCAGCGUAUCCCUCUACUGGCAGCAUCCUGGAGAAUGAACAGCGAUCCAACCUCAUGAACAACAUCCUGAGGAUUAUAGCUGACCUGCAACGCUCCUGCACCUACGAUAUACAAGUGUUGCCUCAUGUCCAGAAGUAUCUCAACUCAGUCAUGUACAUCGAGGAGCUACAGAAGUUUGUGGAGGAUGACAACUACAAGUGUGUGUUAUGCGGGUUCCCAUGUGUGGUGUUGUUGUUCAGGUUGUCGUUGAAGAUCGAGCCAGGCUCCAGCACCCCCCGCUCCACUGCCUCUAGAGAGGACCUUAUAGGUUCGGAUGCAUCUGGGUCCCCUCUGUGUGGUCGAAAGGGCCCCAUUGCAGACGGAACCAAAGUCCCUCCCACGCCCCCCUCCCCCCGGAACCUCCUCCCCUACGGACACAGGAAGUGUCACAGCCUGGGCUACAAUUUUAUUCAUACGAUGAAUACGGUAGAGUUUAAGAGCGCUACGUUCCCCAAUGCUGGUUCUCGUCAUCUAUUGGACGACAGCGUCAUGGAGAGCCACACCCCUACGAGAGGACAGGCCGAGAGCUCAACGCUCUCCAGCGGCAUCUCACUGGGGAGCAGUGAGGGUUCAGAACUCAGUGAAGAGAUGUCCUGGCCAGCCUUUGAAAGGACUCGGUUCUAUCACUCUCUGGGCCCUGUGACCCGCGUGGCCAGAAUCCCCUACAGAGGAGGCCUGAGGCCCAGCAGCUCUGCUGAGUCUGAGGAGUUAGCAGUGCACCUGUACCCUGGAGCCGUCACCGUGCAGGGAGUCCUACGACGCAAAACGCUCUUCAAGGAGGGCAAGAAACCCACAGUGGCGUCUUGGACCAAGUUCUGGGUGGCUCUGUGUGGAACUCAGCUCUACUACUACCAUGCCAAGUCCCUAAAGGCCACAGAGAGAAAGCACUUCAAGUCGUCUAGCAGUAAGAGUGUGUGUGUUGUGGGGUUAAUGGCCAUCAUGUCAGACGACCCUGAACAUCCCGACGUCUUCCUGCUCACAGACUCGGAACGCGGCAACACCUAUAAAUACCAGGCAGGGAACAAAAUGAAUGCCCUUCUGUGGUUCAAACACCUCAGUGCUGCCUGCCAGAGCAACAGACAACAGGUCCCAGCCAAUCUGAUGUCCUUUGAAUGAGUGCUGCUGUAGAGGAUGGAGCGGUAGAGCUAAAAUAGAGGAAUAGUGACUCAGCACCAGGAGCUUUCACUGCCAUGACCCCAAAACUAUAACCCCCACUGGAGCCCCACCUGCCACCACUGCCUUAACCUAAGGAGCCGUGUGUGUGUGUUGAAGCAGUGGUUAUUAUGGUGGCAUAGACUACUGAAUGAAGACCUAAACCACUUCUCUCUCGUUCUCUCGCUCUGUUGUUUUUGCCUGUGGAACUAUGGGAUGUCUCUCCUCUCCUCUUUCUUGGAUGCUUCUUAAGGAAGGAUGGGUGGACAUGAUUUAUCCUUGUUUUCCCUCACUCCCUCUCUUCUUGACAUAUUGUGCUCUGGUGGAAGAUGGACUCUGCCCUUUCUAGGGCUGGACUCACACACACAAUACUGGACUAACCCAAUGGAAUGGGAUUUCAAACACACUCCUUUAUCACACAUUGGUUCACAAACUCCCUCACACACAAGACUCCAAUGGUCUCUUCACACUUGAGUUGGGCUCACAAAACGGACACUUUUUACACACAUUCACUCCCCCCUUCUGAGAGUGUGUGAUUGGCCUGUGUGAUUGCAGCAUUGUGAACAUUAAGGGCUUUGAUUCUCAAAUCUAUUCCAGCAGAAACCACUCCCACACACACACGCACACGUGUCCUGAAUGUAUCCUACUGUUUUAUAUUCCAGAGCCUCUCCUCACCGUGUGUGUGUGGGGGGUGGGGGGGGCACACUAUAUAUAUAUAUAUAUAUAUAUAUAUAUAUGGUAAGUCUCAUCACGGGAAUGAUAAACCCAGACUCUAAGCUUUCCUCUAUUCCACCUUUAUGGACCCAGUUAUAUCGCUCUUAUAAACAGGCUUUAUAUGUUGUUCUCUCUGGACCACUGUCUGCUCUGUCCACAUGUUAAAGCUUGAGAUUCACCAGAACACACAAUAACACUAAAGACUUGAAAGCUGUGAAAACGUGAACGAUGAAAUGUUAACCCCAGAAAAAUCAUUUAUCUCCCACUUCCUUUUUUUGUUAUUGCUUGAACAUAAGAGGGAGCUACAGGUUCUGACCUGAUCUGCUUUACACAUCUGAGUGUUUUAUACACACACACACACACACAGCUAUUGGGAGCCAUUCAGAAUCCAUUUGAAUUAUUAUUUUGUUGGUUAGUGUUUUCUGUUACCUUGGUGUUGUUGUGUUGGACGUAUCAGCAGUAUUAUCCUGUAGAUGACUUGCACAUGUCUAGCUUAUUUGAAUUGUCUGUUACAUUUCAUUUCUGGCCUCUUCCCUUUGUUUUGAACAUGUUGUAGAUCUACUGCUGUAUUGCCUAGUUCCAUGUCAUCCUCUUGACCCAUCGCCUGGUCACUACUCAUGGCAUCUUCAAUUAAAGUUAUAGAUAGGUGUAAGCAAGUUGUUGAUGACUCCACCUAACCUUCCAAUUGGCUGAGAGAAGCUUCCUCCAAAUUGCUUACACCUAUCCAGUCCUUUCAGAUCUGUGAACAGUUAACGAGUACGAGCUAGAGGGGGGGGGGCUAACAAUUUGAAGUAGACCCAGCCAGAGUGUGUAUGGUUUGGGACAUUGGUUUGGGACUCAACCCUGAGUGUGUGCCAAUAUACCAAACACACAUUUUUAUUCCGAUUUGUGAGAAAGUGUUAGUUAGAACAAAUGAAAUGAAUACGUUGUUGGGAAAUGAUGGUGUGGUCACGUUCUCAUACUACUCUCAGAAAGGACUUACCACUAGUAAAGCGUUAUCUUGCAUCCUCUCCUGACUGUUUCCGUCUCUACCUGACAGUCAGGUUAGGUCCUAACUUGUAACAAUGGUUUACAUCUCCCAUCUGUCCAUAUAUUUUGCAUGUCUAUUGUUUACAUGGAGGUCCAGCAAGUUAGCAUCACAUUCCUUACACCUCAAACUGACACUAUGUACUCUAGCAGCAAGAGACUCCAACUCCCAUAGUCCAGUGCGGCAACAGUUGUCUUAUGUCCUGUAGAGGCUAAGCUAAUGGGAGAAGGUAGAACUUAUCCAUAACCAUUGAUACAAGGUCAUAUAUUUAUUCACCCCUAAUGGCUAAGGUUAAGAUUGGGGUUGGUGUAAUCUGAUCCGAGAUCUGUUGUUUAGGGCAACUUCUACAUAUUCCAUUUCAGACUCAUUUCCGAUGUGCUCUGCUCCUCAGCUCCCAGCAGUUAUACCACACACAGCUACAGAUCCAUUAAUAGCAAGACUCCAGCAGGGCUAUGUCAUACACAGACUAGAGGAUGAGGAAGCCAGAGAAAGAAAGGAAUGGGAGGGGUAGCGUUAGUGAUACAAAAGGACAAGAGAGGAAGGUAGUACAACAGUAUGAGUGUGUAAAAAAAUAUUUUUGUUUACCUGCUAGAAAGCAUUAGACGGACAGAGCCUCGUGGAUGCCGUUUCUUCACUGUUGAGCAGUGGGUACAUCUGUAUAGAACGUGGUAUAGCAUAUUCUGUGUGGAGUGCGAUUGAACAAGGAAGGAUAUAGUAGAAAUAGAGGGGUGAAUGGAACUCUGAUGCAACAGGAGCUGUACAGAGAAGCCGGCAGACUGACGCUCCCCACAGAAGACCAGCAGAGGAGAAAGUAGUCUCUCUCCGUUCUCCUUUUUCCCCUCUCACAGACCUCUCCUUCACAUCUCUCUCUCUCUCUCUCUCCCUCUCUCGGACAAAGAGGGCUUCAAUGCAGGCUGAAGAGAGCGGCAGAUUAAAUGGCAGACAGGAAUGCUCCCGUGUAGUGUCACAGUGCUGACGUGAGGGAUGUGGAUGCCUAUAGGGAAAGGGUUAGGAGUGAGUUUUUACAAUCUGGUAUGGUGGGCUUUUUGUUUGAUAUUUCUUGAUGUCAAAAUGGUUUCCACAGUUUGUGUCCAUGUACAAAUACACAACCAGCUGUGUAUUAUCUACUGUGAAGAGUAAAGUUUUUUGGGAUUUGUCUGCAGUGUUCAUUUUUUUUUUCUCCUGAGAAAUUCUUUAACAGUUCAGCUGAGAUGACUGGGUGGUGUGUGGUUAACAUGAGAGGGGGGGUGUAGUGGUGUUUUUGUGUGCUGUAGGGAUGGAGAAUUUGCCCGCAGCUCAAGGUUCAACUUAAUUCCCUUUAAAUCCAAACUUUAACCAUUAGGGUAAAAUGUCAAACUGACCUGAUCAGUUUCUAGAAGAUACAUCUAUGUGCUCUAUAUGGCUCAGUUUGAGAGUGAUGUUUAUGAUGUGUUGAUGACGUCACUUAGCUGUGUCCAUGUCCCAUGACCUGUGGGGUGUGUCCAUGUACUAUCCCUCUACCUCCUGUACUCUGACCCCCUAGUGAGGACCCACCCAUGUUACGUGACCCGGGUUUGAACUAUGACCUCUGAAUUGAGUGACGUGACCUGAGCCUCAGCCAGAUAACCAAUAAACACACUGCCCUUUUUAUACUCUGCCCCUCAGUUCACUUUCAUUUAUAUAAACAUGGUUUCAGCUAAAACCAGGAGUGUCUACUUACCACAACCUGUUAAAUGUCCUGGACAGGGCAUGUGGUUAGGAAAAAUGUGUAUGUGUGUGCUUAAACUAGUGUUAGUACACUUUAGGUAUGGAUUGAUGUGUAAUCUUUCCUACUGAAAUAAAAACCUACUUGAAUUGUU